UGGCGCCGCUCUUUCAUUGGCCCAGGGCAAACGAGGAUUCGAGAGGCAGCCAUUUCUAACGAACCGGAGCUAGGGGCGGAAGAUGGCGGAGGCUUGGAAGAAUUAUCUGGAGGACGAGAACACAGCGCCCUUCGCCUUCCAGCAACUUCGGGACGUAAUCGGAUCUCAGGGGCGAGUGAUCCACCGGCUCAGAAGCGCGAUGGCCAUCCAGGAAGAGAAAUUUGUGAGUAAAGAAGAAUACGAAGCUGUGGUAAAGAAGUUGGAGGAGGAAAAGGCAGCCCAUGCCCAGACCAAGGGCCUGUUGGCUAAAGAGACAGAGAAACUUCAGUUCGCUCUUGGAGAAGUGGAGGUGCUGUCCAAGCAGCUGGAGAGAGAGAAGCAGGCUUUUGAAAAGGCGCUGUCCAGUGUCAAGAACAAAGUUCUGACAGAGUCCACCAAGAAGGACAAGCUUCUCACCAAGUGCAAUGAAAUUGAGUCUCACAUUAUAAAGCAAGAAGAUAUUCUUAAUGGGAAAGAAAAUGAAAUUAAGGAACUACAGAAUGUCAUCAGCCACCAGAAACACAUCUUCAGGCAUCAGAUAUCAGACUUCCGGAUUCAGAAGCAGCAAGAGAAUUACAUGGCCCAAGUGCUGGACAGGAAGCAAAAGAAGGCAGGUGCUUCAGGUGCAUGGGAAUGGGAAAUGUGUGUCAGGGCCCGACUUUCCACUUAAGCCAGC